AUGCAAGAAACCACAGUUAUGAAGAAUACUUUUCCGGUAGCACCUACUAACUUACUCCAAGAACCUACAGAUUUAUUUUUGAUGAAGGUCGUGCUCGUGGGUGAAGCUGAAGGUUGUUUAGAGAGGAGGUACUAGAGCAGUAGAACCUCUACGUAGAGUCUACAUGCUUGCUCGUCUUACUCACGCUCUUUAUUUGGUACAGCUCUGACUCAGUCACAGUCACUGUCCUCGUCCUCUAAUGAACUCGGAAAAGUUGACGGACAGGACGUGACCUUUCAAACGUUGACAGACAAAGUGAAGGCGCUUGCGGAAACUUGUAAAAAGAAAACUGCUGACUUGGAAGCUGUAGCGAAAGCCGCUUCAGCCGACGCAGAUUUUUUUGAGCAGCUUGUGGGAGGCGCUCCUGAUAAAAAUAACGAGGAGAAGAUGAAGGAGUACACUGUUAAGGCUAAUUCUUGUGGAUAUCGGUGAUGCUUGGGGCGGAGUCUUCGUUCUUGUGGAUCGCUAACGAUAUACUUAAUUGUUCACUCACCGUUGUAGUUGUACUCUUCGAUGUAGCAAUUUGGCAACCUUAAAACGUUAUUUAAUAUUUUAGCAAAACGUUAAAAGUUGAUUUUUUAAAAUCGCCGACUAGAUUCCUAAGAAGUCAAUUUUUAACGUUUUGCUAAAAUAACGUUUUAAGACUGCCAUAAGCAAGACUACCUGACAGCACUCAUGACGCCAUGCCGUGGCGCUUGCUUCUACUAAGAGCAACAAAAUGUAAAUGACAGCGACCAAAUGAAAGAGGAGCAUGAAGAUGCUUUUCUAGAGGACGUUGAAUUUCUAGAGUCCUCUUCUUCUAACAUAGGAGACGAUUCUGCC